AUGUACAAGAUAUCGGAAUUCAAAAGCAAUCGGCUUACGGAUCAGAAUGGCAAUGUACUUGACGGUGCCUACGAGGUAGCUAUCAAAAGUAUAAUUUUCCAUCCGGAAUAUUCUUGCAGCCAACCAUACAACGAUAUAGCCUUGCUAGAGAUGUCAAAGGUUAUCUACUUCGAUCAAAACGUCCGUCCAAUCUGUGUGGCGAACAAGCUGGAUGGGUCGGACCUGGUGGAGGGUAAACCGGCCGUUGUUUCCGGCUGGGGCUGGAACCGCGAAAGCCAGCGAGAGGGCAUUAAACCGGACAUACUGCAGCGUGCCGUGGUGGAUGUUUUCCGGAACGAGGACUGUGAGGGAUUCUACCGAGACGGCAAUCGACCCAAGACCAUUGCCAUCACUCAACUGUGCGCUGGGAAGCGGGCCGGUGGUGUCGAUUCCUGUUGGGCCGAUUCUGGUGGACCGUUGGUAACGCAUGAUGAGGUUCUGAUUGGGAUCGUAUCAACCGGCAUUGGCUGUGCACGGCCAGGAUUUCCCGGCAUAUACACACGGAUAAGCGAGUACGUCAAGUGGAUUGGGGACGUCAUCGAAAAGUAG